CUUCAAAUCAUAAUUCUAUAACACACAAACUCAAAAUACAACUCAUACUCUCAAAUUACAUUUACAAAAUUCUACCAAACACUACCUAAGAGUUUCGUAUAAGAGUCACCGCUAAAUAAGGUCUUUGUUUUGUUUUUUUAAACCCAAUUUUGGGACAAAGCUGUAUAAAUUCUACAUAUAUAGCCAAUCCAUCCACCCCCAAUCCCCCAAGCUCCAAUGGCUUUACAGAACCACCACCAGCUUCACUUCAUUUUAGUACCUUUUAUAGGCCCAGGCCACUUCAUCCCCAUGAUUGACUUGGCCAAAUUAUUGGCACAACAAGGCGUGACUGUCACUGUCGUCACCACUCCUGUCAUUGCCUCCAGGUUCCGCCCCAUCAUCGACCGUGUGAUCGAAUCGGGCCUCCCCCUCCGCCUUCUCUCUCUCCGGUUCCCGUCAGUGGAGGCCGGCCUGUUGGAGGGGUACGAAACUUUUGACGCAAUUCACUCUCUAGACCUUACGAUGAAACUCCUCAAGGGCGUCGACAUGUUGCAACAACCAUUCGAGCAGUUGUUUGAAACGCUCGAGCCAUGUCCCAGUUGCUUAAUAGCCGAUAAAUAUAUUGCAUGGAUAGGAGACACAGUUCGUAAGUUUGGAAUUCCGAGAAUUCUUUUUGAUGGAAUGAACUGCCUCACUCUCUUAUGCGCACACAAUUUAGAAAAUUUUAAAGAUUAUGAGAAUGUUUCCCAGUCAGAGCCGUUCGAACUUCCUGGCUUGCCUGAUAGAAUUGAGCUAACUAAAGCUCAGUUGGCUAUGUUUCUCAAUCGAAGUUCACCAGAAUGGCAAGAUUUACGGAAUCGAAUAAAAGCUGCCGAAGCUGAAGCAUAUGGGGUGGUGAUUAACAGUUUUGAAGAGCUAGAACCGAGAUAUGUCGACGAGUUUCGAAAGGUGAAAGGAGAUAAAGUUUGGUGCGUUGGGCCGCUAUCAUUGUGCAACAAAGACAACUUGGAUAAGGCUCAGAGAGGAAACAAGGCCGACAUCGACGAAAACCAAUGUUUGAAGUGGCUCGAUGAGCAAGAGCCACGCUCCGUGGUCUACGCAUGCCUUGGAAGCAUAACUAACCUCUCACUAGCUCAGUUAAUCGAGCUAGGUUUAGGCUUGGAGGCUUCGAAACGCCCAUUUGUGUGGGUUAUAAGAAGCGGAGACAAGGCGGCAGAGAUAGAGAAGUGGGUGGAAGAAGACGGAUUCGAGGAAAGAACGAAAGGGAGAGGGCUUCUGAUUCGAGGCUGGGCACCGCAAAUACUCAUAUUGUCGCACCUGGCUGUGGGGGCUUUUUUGACACACUGCGGGUGGAAUUCGACGCUGGAAGGGGUGUGUGCCAGUGUGCCGAUGAUAACGUGGCCUAUGUUCGGUGAGCAGUUUUUGAAUGAGAAGCUAGCUGUGCAGCUUUUGGAGAUCGGAGUGAGCGUUGGCGUUCAGACAGUUGGGCACAGGUUUGCGGAAGACAAGUGUGAGAAGUUGGUGGAUAGAGAGGUUGUUAGGGCUGCUGUGGAGAACGUAAUGAGUGAAGGAAUAGGAGAAGAGACAAGACGAAGGGCAAGAGUAUUUGGGGAGAUGGCAAAGAAGGCAAUGGAAGAAGGGGGUUCUUCAUACUUGAACAUGAGAUUGUUCAUUCAAGAUGUCAUCAAACUAGUUAGCUCAUUCAAGCUGUCAUCAAACUAGUUAGCCACGAAGACUCAACGCAAGAAUGUUUUGGAAAGAUGAUUAAAAGUUAUUUUUUAAUUUUUUUUGACUUUUUUAUAAAAGAAGAAAGUGUGUUAAAAGUUGAAAAGUAACUUUUAAUCCACUUUCUAAAAUAGGCUACAAGAAUGCGGAUUGAAAAAGUAUUAGUUAUUCUUGUCUUACGAUGUAAUAUUAUCUGUAUAAUAU